CGCAAGUUGUUGUCAAGCUCAACUUUGCAUUUGUCUGCUAGAGCUUAGAGUAUUUCGGUUGCCCCCAAGAGAUCUGUUUCGAUUGUCACGAUUACUUGAACUGAUUACUUCUCAGAUUGGCCAGACAGCCUCGGGUUUCUGGACCGUUCUAAAGGUCAUGCCAGGCGUCCUUAAAAUAGCCCCUUUCUAAAAACAGGCAGCAGACUAACCAAACAUAUUCAGGGCAAACAUCUAUAACAUUGUGCCCAGUCUGAAAAGCCCCUCAGACAAUCAACACAACCGUGAAGAAGAAGCUGGAUUCGGAACUGCUCCUUGCUUUACCUCACACAUGGGGCCAAAGAUUAAAUUUCGCAAACAAAAGAAAUAUCGCAGCGACGUGAUCGCAACGGCUCAAGCGUCAGGAUUUAUCCUCCAGUUCUGGAAUGCGCUUCUGGUCGGAGAUGACAUCACCGUUAUUGGUAUCAUUGAUGACCCAGAGUAUGCUUAUCUCAUCGAUGCCAUAUAUGACACCAGCAACAUAGAGGAGUGGAAGAACUUCAGGUUCAACUACAGAGGGCUAAGACUGUGGUCAUUGACGUAUGAACAAGAGCUGACCACGCCACUGCACAUCACCGCUGGCCGGGGUUUCACCGAAUGUCUGCGGCAUCUCCUCGUGAGGGGCGCUCGAGUGGACCUGGCACCUGGGGGCAGCACUGCCCUGCAUGAGGCCUGUGAGGAGUGCCAGCCCGAGUGUGCCAAGCUGUUGCUGCAGUACAGAGCCAAUGCCAACGUAGCCAAUGAAGACGGGCAGAUGCCCCUGCACGUGUGCACUGAACUCGAUUCCCUUGAGUGUGCCAAACAUCUACUUGCGUUCGGCGCUCUGAUCAACAGUCAAAGCUUGGAUGAGAACGACACGGCCCUUCAUGUGGCGGCCCGCCACGGCCUUCCAGAUCACGUGGAGCUCUACUUACGACACGGAGCUGCGCUAAACCUACGAAACGACGAAGGAAACACACCUCUGAAUGCCGCGUGCUCCCAGCCUCAGGAGCGCUCGUCUCAGGAGCGCUACAGUCGUGUUUGCCACAUGCUGGUCUCUGCCGGGGCGGAUGUACAGGUCAGUGACACGGACAAGCAGACUCCACUGCACAUGGCGUGUAAGAACGUCAACCCUGACGUGGUGGAUCUACUGCUUAAGAACAAAGCCUUGGUCAACGAAAUGGAUUACGGUGGAGAAGCACCAAUGCAUAACAUCCUGAAGGUGGUGGCCUACAAGACGGACCAUGAGCCCGAGAGGAUCGUUCAGGCACUCCUCAAUUACGGGUCCAUCAGAGUGUGGCCUGGAGCUCUGCCCAAGGUGUUGAAAUAUUGCUGCACAUCUCCACGAACAAUAGAAGUGCUCUUCAACGCCUAUGACCGGCUCAAAAUCACGGACGCCUGGGUAGAGGCGGUUCCUCCGGAAGUGUUUCAGAAACACCGGGAGUUCUACGAAUCCCUGUUUGCACUGAGCCAAACUCCUCGAUGUCUCCAGCACCUGGCCCGCCACAGACUCCGAGCGUUCCUGGAGGGUCGCUUGCACUGGGUGCUCCCUAACCUGGGUCUGCCAACCUUUCUAAAAAAUUAUAUAAUGCUGGCAUUCAAAGACUAUAUGCACUGAGAGACCACAAACCUGAGAACACACAAGCACGCACACAACCAUCCAUCAAGUCAUUGAGUUUUGUUUAAUUCUUUGUGAUUCUGAAGGGUAGAAAUUUGUCCUUACCAAGUUUUUUGUUUAAAGUCGGCAUGAAAUGGAAGUUGCAAUAGUCUUUUCUCCCCUAUUGUGACAUGAUGAAUGUGAUUUCACCGUGCAACACUGGAUCAACAUUUCAAUCCACCAAUCAGAUUUGAAGGAUAAGU